AUGCCACCACAACAGGCCCCUAUGCAGCGCAUAACCGACAUGGUGCUUUCUACUUCCACCGCCACCCACCCAGACCACGAGACUUGCUUCGUUCCUGGAAUAAAACCUCUCUGCCUUACGUCUCAAUUUCCAGACUCCCACGUGGAUGUGUACCAAGGCGACCUCGCCUUUCUCGAAUCGCCCGGUCCCGCCAUCGACCCCAACGGCGGCCGUUUCGUCCAUAUUCGCUGCUAUCGACAGGACCCCGGCACCCUUCGCCGUGCCUCGCAUUGCGACUCUCUGAUCAUCGCCGUUGCAAGCGCGUGUCCGGCCAACGGCCCCAACAAGUCCGCGAUUGGCGUCUUUUUUGGCCCCAACAACCCCUUUAACCUCAGCCUAGCAGUGCCCACCACGUACCGCGUUGAGAAGGGAUGCGAGAAACUGCUCUUGCGUCACACGAAGCACCGCGCUGAGCUAUACGGCGUAAUCGCCGCUCUCAAUGCCGUCUUUCCUUUGACACGCCACGACCGUUUCGAAUCUGAAACAAACGGCAACAUACCUUCUACGCUCAAGCACGUUAUCAUCAAGAUUGAGUCGGGGUACAUUGUCGAUAAGAUAUGCAAAAUGAAAGCACAGCGGCCUCUUGUCUUCCACCAGGCUUGUGAAGCUGGUAAAUCUGACCGCGGUUGCUUGGAUCACUGCGAUCUUUGGCAGGAGCUGCGUCAGGGGUUGGUGGAUUUGGCCAACUGCGGUACUGUGGUUCAGUUCUGGCAUAUUCCUCGAGACCAAAACUUAGAGGCGGACGCAUUGGCGAAUGUGGGCUUGGGAAACCCCCUUUCCCCAGCUGUAGAUGAGGAAGUCUCAGUGCAUUGGCUCAGGCGCAUCAAAGUUGAUUCAGCUCUCAAGCUUGAAGAGUAUGGUUGUUGUACGGAAUGGUAUGACUGUUAUCAGCGCAUGGGAACACGUGAUUGA